AUGUCUCUAUCAAUGGACAGUGUUAAUGCAAUGGGAUAUGACAAUUUCAUCAAUACAUUUCGAAAUGUAGUGGAACAUUGUCCACUUGCUGCUGCGAGUGUAUGGGCUGAUAGACCAUUUUCAUCUGAGAAGGACCUUGGAGAAGCAUUCGGUGCAUUCCUUGAUUCUCUCUCUAACAAUGGAAAAGAAGGAGUGCUUCGAUUGCAUCCAGACCUCGCUGGUCGGAUAGCCAAAUCUGGAACUCUUUCUAAGGAGUCAUCCCUUGAACAGUCACAAGCCGGCUUAUUGGAUUUAACCGAAGACGAACAAAAACAACUCGGAGAAAGAAACAAGCUCUAUCAAGAUAAAUUUGGCUUUCCAUUUGUUAUAUGUGUACGGGAAAAUAAAAAGAAUGCGAUAAUUCAAGGAAUAAAAGAGAGACUUGAACAUACCAAAGAAGAGGAAUGCGAAAUCGGAGUUGAAAAUGUGAAGAGAAUUGCCCUACUACGAAUACAUGACAUUUUUCAAUAGAUAUUAUACAUUCUGCCUGUUUUUCCUCGCAAUCGCUUUUGGCAGAUAUCAGAGGAUUGGAAUUCAAAGCCUGUUGACUCUGCUUGACACAUACAUUUUCUAUCAUUUUAUUUUUAUGUUUUCCAAAACAACAACUUUUUAUCACAUAAUUUAAUCGUAUCCUUGUAUAUUAUAUUUUUUAUGUAAACUAUAUUAAUACUAAAAUGUAUUCUCUCAUAUAAAUGAGGCAAUAAAUACGUACCAAUAUGUAUUUUUACUUUACAAUUCACUCUAUCUGGUGAAACGUUCCAGAAAUGUGCA